GUUAGUCAGCUGGGGUAGGUGGGGUCACAAAGAGCCAAGAUGGCUGACUUUGAGGAGACGUUGUCAGAUGAAGAGAAGGUCCGCAUAGCGGCCAACUUUGUGACUCAUGCCCCUCCAGGAGAGUUCAAUGAGGUCUUCAAUGAUGUGCGGCUUCUUCUCGACAAUGACAACCUCCUCAGGGAGGGGGCGUCAGACUCCUUUGCCCAGUACAACAUGGAUCAGUUUACUCCUGCCAAACUAGAGGGCUACGAUGAGCCGGUCCUGAUCACAGAGCAUGGUGACUUGGGUCAGGGACGCUUCUUGGACCCUCGCAACCGUUUGUCUUUCCGCUUCGACCACCUAAGAAAAGAAGUGAGUGACGUGCAGCCUUAUGAAGGAGAGAUGGCCCUGAGAAGCUGGAGAGAUGCCUGUGAUACUUCCCUUAGUGCCUACGUCAAAGAGCACUACCCUACUGGAGUUUCCACGGUAUAUGGGAAAACGGUUGAUGGUCAGCAAACGAUCAUAGCCUGUAUUGAGGGACAUCAGUUUCAACCUAAAAACUUCUGGAAUGGUCGCUGUAGGUCAGAGUGGAAGCUCACCAUUGGUCAAUCCACUGCUCAAGUGGUGGGAGUGUUGAAAAUCCAGGUGCACUAUUAUGAAGAUGGGAAUGUGCAGCUGGUUAGCCAUAAGGAGGUAGAGGAAUCGAUAACAGUGACUAAUGAAAGCCAGACAGCCAAGGUAUUUGUUGAAAUUAUUGAGAAUGCGGAAAAUGAAUACCAGACUGCAAUCGGUGAGAACUACCAGACCAUGUCUGACACCACCUUUAAGGCCCUGCGUCGCCAGCUGCCUGUCACACGCACUAAGAUCGACUGGAAUAAGAUCCUAAGUUACAAAAUUGGCAAGGAGAUGCAGAAUGCCUAGUGGAAGGUCAGGGACUGACCAGGGAGACGCACUCUCCACUGGGCCCGCAACCCACCUAUACAUGCGCAAGGACUAACCAAAGCAAAACUAUAUCAGUAUGGGGCAAGGAAUUAAUCUAAAAAAAAAAACAAACAAAAAAAUAGUAUAACUGAAGAUUUGCAGACUG